AUGAAUAAAUUAGAGGAUUUGAAUCCCCUUUUCUGCCCGGCCUCCUCCAACGGCUCCGACUACACUCCAUUUGAAGACAGGUAUCCAACACUGGCAAAUUAUUACAAGUUUGCCUUAGUGAGUAAGAUUAAUGCCUACUUUUAUCAAGUGCAAGAGCCUCCACCGAAAGAAGCUGGUGGGGUCUCCGAUACAGCAAAGGACGAGAAAAUUUCCCCUUUAGAACAAGUACACCACUAUGAAAACUCGAUUAAGCAACAAUUGGCUCGAGAUUAUCAAAUAUCGGACGUACUGACAUAUGGGGCCAAAAAAGAAAUAUGUAUUUUCAGACUCGAGACUAGACUAAACCCGCAGGAUCAGGAGCUUGGAUUCAAUCAACUAAAGGAUGCAGUUGACAACAUCAUCAUAGAAAGCAAACUCUCUCUCAAACUAGCAUCUGCAACGACCUUUGAUGCUGACUCAGUGUUUAAGUCUCAGGCUAACCCACAGCAACAAUCGCGGCCGAGUAGCAUUGUGUAUCUCAGCUUCUUGAGAGCAUUGAAGAAAUUUCUGUGUCAGCAUCUUAUGGCUAGAUCUUCAGAGGUUGAAAUACUCCCAUUUGGAAACCAAUCGCUGGUUUGCUCCGCGCAAGACACAUUCCAGAUUUUAAAGAUUAACACAUCGCUUAGCAUUCGCAACGAAAUCAUCUCUAAUUUUGCUAUAAACAGCACUCCACGGUUCUACCGACUGUCAACUCUCUUGGACAGUGAGUUUGACAUCUUGAAAAACAACUACGCUCUCUACCUGUGCCCUUCUGGGGUGCGAUGUUCUUUUGCUAAUCAAAAUAUGCUGGCAAACUCACUCUCUUUUGAGCCCCCAGCAAACUAUGAAAAACUCCUGCAUUUGUUGUCUGAGUACUCUCAUAUCAAACUUGAGAUGCCUUCGCGUUGGAUCAAACUCGUCCCAAAUUUGAACCACAUGAACGGGCUUACGCCGAAUAUUGCUCGAUACCUUGAAUCAUCCGCUCCCAACUCAAAAUAUAUUAUGUGGCCAGCUUCUAUGUGCAUGAUUCAAUUUGGAGAUGACCUCGAGGAGUCCACGUUUGAACUAAGUGACUCUUUCGAAUUGAUUGAGGAGUUAAUACUUGAGUCUGACGAAGAACCCAAGCCACUACAAAUAUCAGCCAUUGAAGAGCCUACGGCAGACUCCAACCCAACGGAUGUUGAUAUGGACUCUGCAAAAGAAUCACCCGGAGACUGGGAUGAGCUUUUUGGGGAAUCGAUGAAUGAAGAGGAAGAAGAGUUCCAUAAUGAUGUGCCAGAAUCAGAAUCGCAGUCAAAACCCGAACUGGUGUCGAGUCCGGUAGAAAAGGAUGCAAGACAGUUUAUUGAGCUUGAGCCAUCAAACCCACUCUAUGAGGAUCCUGGUGCACCAUCUCCCGCUUCGUUUCACAUAUUCGCAUCCCCUAGUCCCGGGACGACCGAUGCCUCCUCUGCCAAUGAUGAAGUUGGCUCAGUGACACCAAAGGACAUAAAGAAGUCCAUUUUUGCCCCACUGAACUUUAACCCGCUAAUCGAGAAGGACAUCGACAGUAAGUAUUCGAACGGCGGAAAGUUCUUUGUGCGCAGUGAAGCACAGAGCUCGCGUUCCCAGGAGUCGGCAUCUACGACACCAACAUUUUGGAAGAACAAAAAAGGAGAGAUUGACAUCGAAGAACGAGAUUUAAUAAGUGACAGUGAAGAAGAGAUAGAAGAGGAUGACGAAGACGAAGAUGAUGACAAAACAGGCUUGGGUAUAAGUAUUACCUCAAUUCCUCGAAAUACGGGAAUAUUGUCCUCGAUGACACCUUUUGUCAACCAAACAGCAUUCUCGCACCCUCAAGCUCCAUCGCCUCAAGUAUCAGGGGCUCAAGAGAUUCAGAACUGGCUAUUCUGGAUUCUGAGAGGUCCAGCUCUUUGUACAAUUCCUUCAAGAUUUCUUUCUACAGGAAAUCCGAUCAUCUCUAAGGACAAGAUUGAAUUGGUAUUGCCAAUAAUGCAGGAACUUGUGCUCUUUACUACUGGGAUGAAACAUCACUAUAGAGAGCAGGUCUCCGAUCUCAGUGAGUUAUUGGAGUCAACGUUGUUAAGUGCUUUUCCAGGUUCGUCAAAGAUGAGACUCUACGAGUUAUUGGAUUGUGAUCGACCAAACUCAGAAAUGAGAUUAUUUGACAGUCUUUUUGGUAGCGAGAAAGAAAUAUACAAGCUGGAGGCUCCAAGAAUUGAAUUUGAUGAUCCUAGCUUUGCCACAACAUCUCCAUUGAUGAACAUCACAGAAACGGAAAAUAAGAGACACUCAGGCAUAUUCAAGGAGAACGCGAACCGAGCUAUCGCCGACAGUGUAAAGUCGACUUCUUUGUUCAAAAUCUCAACUACAAUCUUCAACACAAAACGAAACGACCAAGAUCUAAAAAUUAACGAGACAAGUUUGCGAUAUUGGAAACUGCUAAAUCUUGAGCCCCUUGAAGGCCAAAAGAAUGUCAGAGUCAUCUUAGUUAUACCAAAAGGUACAUCGUAUUUGUUGGAAAAAAGUCGAAUUUUCUUACAGGACCUAAUGGCUACUUACUCAUCUUGGAAUUUAGGACAAAUGAGUCAGCUACAAGACAUUUUGGAGAUUCCAGGCGGUAAUUUUGAGCUUUUUCUCCAAAAUGCCGAAGGAGCCCUUACGUCUCUGGCCGAUUCGUUGAGAAAUCAAUAUUUGGUUGAUCCAAAUGGUCAAAAAGAUGCUAUUCUAGUUAUGAUUGCAGUUCCGAACAUUGGCAUGCAGCUUCUCACCAGUCUGGCAAGCGUGCUCGAACAAUUCCAAAGCACAUUGACAAUGAAAGCUGUUGACCAAGAAACAGAAGAGGAUCGGAGAAAACGUAGGAAGAGAAAUAUUUCAACCAUUGUCAGCAUCCCUAUUUUCUCUUUUUAUAAGGUUAUUCCGCUUGAUCUUUAUCUUUCCAAAAACGAGAGUUAUUCAGUUGUGACUUCUCAAAAACUGGGAGAUCUGGCUUUGGAAAUCUAUUCCUUGUAUCCUAACAAAGAUAUCUCCGAGCCUUUUAAAGACAGAGAUCGAUUGUUGACAAUCUCAAAGCAGCUACCUCAGAAAAUACCUUUCGUGAUGACGAAGGCACCAAUUUCAUCGGGCCUGAUUGCGGAUGACUUAUUCUUGCAUGUUUGUUACGAACGAUCCAUUGACAAAAACUGGUGCGUAGCAAGCUGGUCUGACCAGUACGGUGAAAUCAAUUUUACUCGCUCCUGGUUGAUUAGUCCUGACUGCCGAUGUCAGACUUUCGAAGAAGUUUCUGAUGAGAUUUUCAGCAUUUCGAUGGAUUAUGUUUCCAGCCAUAAUGGCAAGUCCUACGUGAUCUUGACUAGACUCAACAAUGUUAUUCCCGAUGAUGAACUGACAGAGUGGAAGCGUCUUUCGAUCAAGAAUAACAAGCUCACGCUUAUUGUUCUAACUGUGGAGUUGGAGCCUUCCACGCUCGUUUUGUCUCAUCUCCAGGAGCAAAAGGAUGAUUUGAAGGACAUGUAUUCUGUGAAGUUUACAGCAGCGUCCACGAAUUCGCAAAUGCUUACUCCGAGCGUGGCAAACCGCUUGGAAAGCCCAAUGAAUGGGCAGACGCCUUCAUAUGAUCCAGGUGCGUCUCCCUUAGACACUUCUGCCUUUACGGGGUCUCAGCAACAGGUUCCAGAAAAUCCUGAGCUGAUAGAAUUAUCAAAUGAGUGUUACGGAGUGAUUUUGCAGGUAGCGCAACAACUGUCAAACCAGUCCAUUCGCAUGCCGUUACGCACUGGAUUCAUUGUCAAUUCUGGUAGGCGAACGGCUGAAGGCUACGAACCAGGGUCAAUAAUUGAGUUAAAUUUGCUCAGCUGCCAAGCGGGGGUUAAUUCCAUCGAGCUGCUGAAAAAUCUGAUUAUGCAGUACAAGCAUCUGGCCAACCUCAACAAAAAUCCUAUCUGCCCUUGGCAUGUAUCUGCAGUCAGACGGAUGAUCGAUUUCUUGGUUCAUUUGGACGUGAAAUGA